UCAGUGGAUCGGUUGGUGAGUGGGGAUAAAGGAAUUCUAUAGUGUGUUAGAGGAGAUGCUUGGGUUUCUUUAUUUUAUCGCAUUUUUAAAAUGACAUUAAACAACAGAAAUAGUAUGUCAUAGUUACGCUGUACGAAGCCUGUGGAAUGUUUCAAUAGCUUUAUGUUGAUACAAAACCAAUGAUGUAUAGAAUUCUCAUUUUGUGGUUAUGUUUUCUGCAAUUGAGAUUUUGUAUGGUGUAUGAACCAGAACAAAUUCAUCUGUCUUUUGGAGAUACUGUGAAUGAUGUAGUUGUGACUUGGAACACAAUUAAUGACACGGAAGAAUCUCUUGUUGAAUAUAGUUUUGGUGGACUUAACUUAACAGCAAAUGGGACCUCUACACUGUUUGUAAGUGGUGGGAAAGAGAAAAGAAAACAGUACAUCCACAGAGUAAAAUUACCCAACUUGGCACGUGGAAUAAAAUACACCUACCAUUGUGGCAGUGGUAAGGGGUGGUCAGAUAAGUUCUGGUUUAAGACACCGUCAAAUGACCCUGACUGGAUUCCUCACUUGGCUGUGUUUGGAGAUCUGGGUAGUGAAAAUGCGCGGUCAAUUCCACAGCUGCAGGAAGAAGCUCAGCGUGGCAUGUACGAUGCUGUGUUUCACAUUGGUGACUUUGCUUAUGACAUGAACUGGGAGAGUGGUCGUGUUGGGGAUGACUUUAUGAAUAAAAUUGAGCCAGUUGCUGCUUAUGUUCCUUACAUGACAAGUCCUGGAAAUCAUGAAGAAGCAUAUAACUUCAGUGAUUACAAAGCCCGUUUCACGAUGCCAGGCAAUACGGAGGGUCUGUGGUACAGCUUCAACAUGGGCCCAGUGCAUUUUAUAUGUGUUUCAACUGAGGUGUAUUACUUUCUGGAUUAUGGUCUCAAACUACUUACAAAUCAGUAUGUCUGGCUUGAACGUGACCUUGAGGAAGCCACGAGCUCAGAGAAUCGCACUGUACGACCGUGGAUCAUAAUACUGGGACACAGGCCCAUGUAUUGUUCAAAUAAUAACUCUGAUGAUUGUACCAAUCAUGAGACAUGGACUCGAGUUGGUAUACCUUUCUUACAUUGGUUUGGGAUGGAGCGACUUCUUUACGAGUACGGUGUUGACCUAGUCAUCUGGGCUCAUGAACAUUCUUAUGAACGUCUGUGGCCAUUGUAUGACUAUAAAGUUCAGAAUGGAAGCUACGCAGAACCAUAUCGCAAUCCCCGAGCACCUGUCCACCUUAUAACAGGCUCAGCGGGUUGCCGUGAGUUUCAUGAUUUCUUUGAUGAAGAACAACCUGAGUGGUCAGCAUUCCGUUCCCUUGAUUAUGGUUACAUGCGUUUGCGCGUUCACAAUGCGUCUCAUUUGUACACAGAACAAGUAGCAGUUGACAAGGAGGGUGAAGUGAUCGAUCAUGUGUGGAUUAUUAGGGAGAAUCACGGACCAUAUGGACAAGAAUAAUUACUUGCGUCUUUUAUGCAAGUCAGCCUUGCAGAAUAGAGGAUGCUGAUAAACAGGAUAUAUCAUUUCAGUGGUGUAAUGAGGGCUUCAAGGUGAGUUGUAUGUCUUUGCAUUUUAUAUACGUUAUUGGCCGGACUCGGCAUUUAUCAUUCACUUUUUAAGAUUAUAUUAACUGUACUGAGUAAUCUAGUUUGAGAAGAGCUGUCAUUACACUUUUCACGAAGACAAUGUAUUUCUGCAUAGGGAAACAACUUGGUGGGGAGUCUGCGUGUGUGGGGAAUCCCCAGGCAGGCUACUUUGUUAACUUUUGAGAAUAAAAGCACGGUUGUGAAACAUAAAAGCAAGAGAAUGCAUAGGAAUGACAGCUCUUGAAACUAGUCUUGCCUUAGACUGUAAGUUUAGGAUCCAGGCGUAAGAUUACAAACGUUAACAGCAAUUUUGCCAAAAUAAUAAAAAAAUAACUGGAUACCUUCAAUACGUGCCAUGCUACAUGUUGAUGAUGAUGAUACUAAAAGUUGUUAUAUCACUAAAUUAGUGUAAAUUCAAAUUCUCAGUUCAGUGACCUGUCAGUGAACACAAUAUCACAUGCCAGUAAUUUACUGUCACGGAAUUAAGACCUUGAAUUAGAUGUCGGCAUUCAUCUUCUGGUAUAUAUAAUGCCCCGUAAACUUAUAGCUACUUCCCCUGAAGACAAAAGCAGUAUGUUCCACCAAAACAUUAACAUCCACAUGGCAUUAUGACCCAGAAGACCAACAUCGACAUAAUCACCAGAGUGAGAAUCUCGUAUCUCAUUCUUAAAUUGGAAGAAGGAAGUCAAGUCUGAUUAUCAUAAAAUUAAUGCUUUAGAAUAUAUGUGGUCUGUGUUAAUUCUAUUUUAAUAUAUAUUCAGUGACAGUCCAUGACAUUUUUAUACAUUUUAUAAAAAUAGUAAGCGUUGUGAUAUGAAAAAUGCCUUAAAACAUUAAUAGAGUAUUUUUGCUCUUGGUGAUAUGAUAAUAACAAUAUUUUUCAUACAUGAAUAUAUUUUUAUAAAAUUUGUUGCAUUAUAUGUAUACCUGUAUCUUCCAUGGAUUUUGUUUUAGUGGUUUAAUGAAUUAUAUUUUUAUUUUCGAGGGAGGUUAUAUUUUUGUUGACAUUCUAUAUAAAGAAAAGAAACAUGAUUCAUAUAUAUUUUUUGUAUUUAUACUAACAAACGGAUACCCUAGUAUCAUGAGCGACUAAAACAGAUGAAAAAGAAUUGUGCAUGGAUUAAGAAAAGGCUAAAAAUUGAAAUGGCAUUUUCAUUCAUGCUUCAGACAUUGCCAGUAAGAGGCAUCUGUUUUUUCUACAUUGUCUUUUUUGAGCACUUCAGUUACUUUAAAUGCUGAAUUGUUUUCGUGCCUGUCAAGUUUCUCUGUAAAAAAUAUAUCAUGAUUGAGUAUGCUGUGUGUGAACGUUGUUAAAAGUGGUAUAUAAUAAAUUCAUAUAUAUAAUAAUUUA